CUCAUACAUUCCCUUCACCUCAAAAUCGGUCCCAUGUAACAUGAGCCGUCUUGCGUCUUUCAAAGGACCCUCUACACCGACAUCCUCCCCUGUCAGGGCAAAAGAACCCACAACACCGUCCUCGCCUUCCAGGCUUGCAGAAUCAACAUAUCAUCGGAAAGUUCGCACGCUACUACAGGAAAUGCGAACUGUGACCGAUACAUGGGAAGACAUCGUGAUUUUCGAUGGAUUGAAGGCUGUAAAAUCCCUUGUAGAUGCAAGGACGGAUCUAGACAAUGUUCUCGCCAGCGAACGAUCGACACAGCCCAACAGACAUCUUGUGGGAGAGACACUAUCUGCCAUGGAAGACGACAUUGUGAACCUCAGCGUCGCAAUAGAGAAGCUCAAGAAGCAGUUCCAGAGGAUGAACAUCAUCAUCGACAACCUAGAAGGUGUACUCGUCGAAGCACACAAAACAAAAGGUUGGCGAUUUGUCCAGGAGCCCUUAUGGGUGUCUUGGUCAUUAGAGAAGUUUGUGACGGCCAUCCCCGACAUUCUUGCGCCUUACCAUCGUUCUCUGUUGAUGCACGAGGAACUCGCCCGCGUCCUGCGAAGUCAUGACGCCACCUUCGAAGCGUCACGACAGGCAUUAGCAGAAUGGGCCGCUCAACCGUACCUCGAAGAUCAUAGCUGGGAGACAGAAUGGGAAGACCUGUGUGCAGCAGAGAUCGACCGUUGGAACGGUCCAAAAUAAAUCGAAGACACUACACUACAACAGCG